AUGGCGUGCGACUGCGGAAACGGAGACGGUGCCACCACCGCUUUAAGAAGCCAUGGCCACCGCCACGAAGACCCCAUAAUCGAAGAAGCAGGAGAUCCAAGCAAGGGUGUAGACUCAAUCAGCUCUCUGCCUGAUGAGAUCCUCCACAUUAUCCUCUCGUCUCUUUCGACCAAAUUCGCCAUCAGAACUUCCAUCUUGUCCAAACGAUGGAGGCAUGUAUGGCCCGAUACACCUUCCCUCUCCUUCGAUUGGCGUACGUGUAUACACAAACCGAAAGCUGAUUCGAUAAACAAAACCCUAGAUCGCUACACGGCUCGCAAGAUGAUUAGUUUCCGGCUCUGUGCCAGCAUGAAAGACUAUAUGCCUCACAUUGACAGAUGGAUCGAGUUCGCCAUGUCCCGAGACGUGGAGAAUAUGUCGCUGAAUUUGGAUAAUGGUGGUGACGAUAAGUAUCAUGUUCCUGAUUUCUUCUACACCAAUAACUCUGUGAAGCAACUCAGUGUUGACCUAGGGUAUUAUGGUUUGAGGAUUCCCAGUAGUUCCGUGUCUUGGACAUCUCUGAAGAAGCUGUCCUUGCGUAAUUGCAAGCUCUCUCGUGAAUGCAUUGAUAAGAUUUUAUCUGGCUGUCCGAUUCUCGAGAGCUUAAAGCUGUAUUUCUGCAAUGAACUUAGGGUUCUUGAUGUCAGGAAAUCGCAGAGUCUGAGAACAUUAGAAAUCGACCGCAGCUAUUGGGCCCCGAGUCCAACGCAGAUUGUUGCGCCGCAAAUCCAUUGCCUCAGAUUGAGCAACUCUCAGUUACCAUGUACUUUUGUUGAUGUCUCGUCCUUAACCGAAGCUAGUCUACAUAUAUGCUUUUCCUCAACUAAAAAACUUACAGCUGACUUUCUGCUAGACAUGUUUCUAAAGAUGCUAGACAAGUUGCAGAACGUAGAUAAGCUGACUUUCGGGGCAAGCUUUCUUCUACAUCAAUAA